AUGGAUAAACGUUGUCAUUGUGUAUGUGAAUUGAAAAAUUUGAUUAAAGCGGAGAGCACCGGUUCUAGGGAUAAAUUUUUUUAUCCUGGUGGUGGCAGUUAUAAGGGUUUUUGGCUAAACUCCCAACACCAUGGUUACGGUACAAAAACAAGCAAGAACAAUUUGAAUUAUUCUGGACAAUGGAGCAAUGGAAAACGGCAGGGAUUGGGGAGUAUGACAAAACAAAUGCAAAAUGGUGAAACGCGUGUAAUUUAUACUGGGUAUUGGGAAAAUGAUCAGAAAUGUGGCAGCGGUAAGCAAUUUUACCGAGGAGGAGUCUAUUACGGUUCAUGGAAAAAUAAUAGACGUCAUGGUAUGGGGCUCAUUUUUUAUGAAUCUGGUGAUUUCUAUUUGGGCGAAUGGAAAGUUGAUGUUUAUCACGGAUUGGGAGCACUAUUUUACAACAACGGCAACAGGUUUGAAGGCUACUUUGCUAGAGGGUACAAAAAUGGAGAGGGCACUUUUUAUCAUAUGAAGACUGGUCAGGUACAGAAAGGUGUUUGGGAAAGUGAUGUUUGCAAGAGUUGCGUGGUACAAGAUGAAUUUCGAAAUCAAGUCCAUUGUUCCACUCCGUAUCCUAUUCCUCCCCUUUGCAUUCCUUACCCCGAUAUAUUCGUAUACGAUCUAUUUCGAAAAUACUUGAAAAAUGCUAAUAAACCCGGCAAGUGUUUCGAGAACACUCGGCACGUGGGUGAUUACACUGUUUGCGAACGCUGUUCGGAAUGCGACACUUUAAUCGAAGAAUGUACUGACGAGGAAGUUGGCGUGCUAAUUGAUAUUUUAGGCACAUUCUAA